GAGGAGGUUGCGGCGGGUUUGAAAGCGCCAGUUUCCUGGCAGCCGGGGCAGGCGUUGGUCUCGUCGCUCCCGCUCCGCAGCGGCCGCGCUCGAGCGGGCGACCGAGCUCUGCGCGCGCGUCCCGGCCGGAGCCCCGCGUUCCAGCGGCUCCCUCAGCCCCCGCCCCUUUGCCUCAGCCUUUCCCGCCGCGCGGGCGCCGAGCCCCGGCCGUCGGCGCUGACCCCGCCCGGAGAGACCCCGCCGGCGCCGCCCGCGGGGCGCGCGCUCCCUCCGGCUCUGCUCGGCGGCCCGCGUGAGGGGCGGCCCGCGGCGGCGCGCGGCCGGCGGGCUGAGGCAGGGGGUCAGCGGCGGGGGCCCUCUGGCCGGGCUGUGCGCGGGGCCCGGAGCGGCACCGCGGCCGCCCGCGCGGGGGCUCCCCAUGGUGCAGCGGAGGUCGGGAUGUCGAAGACGUUGAAGAAGAAGAAGCACUGGCUCAGCAAGGUGCAGGAGUGUGCGGUGUCCUGGGCCGGGCCCCCGGGCGACUUGGGCGCCGAGAUCCGCGGCGGCGCCGAGCGCGGCGAGUUCCCUUACCUGGGGCGGCUCCGCGACGAGCCUGGUGGCGGCGGAGGCACCUGCUGCGUGGUCUCGGGCAAGGCGCCCAGUCCGGGCGAUGUGCUGCUGGAGGUGAACGGGACGCCGGUCAGUGGGCUCACCAACCGGGACACCCUGGCUGUCAUCCGCCACUUCCGCGAGCCCAUCCGUCUGAAGACCGUGAAGCCAGGCAAAGUCAUAAAUAAAGAUUUGCGUCACUACCUGAGUCUUCAGUUUCAGAAAGGAUCAAUUGACCACAAACUUCAGCAAGUCAUCAGAGAUAAUCUCUACUUAAGAACUAUCCCAUGCACUACAAGGGCUCCCAGGGAUGGGGAAGUUCCAGGGGUGGACUAUAAUUUCAUUUCUGUUGAACAAUUCAAAGCACUGGAAGAAAGCGGAGCGUUGUUAGAAAGUGGAACGUAUGAUGGAAAUUUCUAUGGCACUCCCAAGCCUCCAGCAGAGCCUAGUCCUUUCCAGCCAGAUCCGGUUGAUCAGGUCCUCUUUGACAAUGAGUUUGACACAGAAUCCCAAAGAAAACGAACUACAUCUGUCAGCAAGAUGGAAAGGAUGGACAGCUCUCUCCCUGAGGAGGAGGAAGAUGAGGACAAAGAGGCUGUUAAUGGCAGUGGAAGCACAGAAACCAGAGAGAUACAUUCUGAGUCAUCUGACUGCUGGAUGAAGACUGUUCCAAGUUAUAACCAAACAAAUAGCUCCAUGGACUUUAGAAAUUAUAUGAUGAGAGAUGACAAUCUGGAGCCGCUACCCCCAAACUGGGAGAUGGCCUACACUGACACAGGCAUGAUCUAUUUCAUUGAUCAUAAUACCAAGACAACCACCUGGUUGGAUCCUCGUCUCUGCAAGAAAGCCAAAGCCCCUGAAGACUGUGAAGAUGGAGAGCUUCCUUAUGGCUGGGAGAAAAUAGAGGACCCUCAGUAUGGAACAUACUAUGUUGAUCACCUCAACCAGAAAACUCAGUUUGAAAAUCCAGUGGAGGAAGCCAAAAGGAAAAAGCAGAUAGGACAGGCUGAAGUUCAUCCUGCAAAACCAGAUGUGGAAAGAUCUCAUUUUACUAGGGAUCCAUCCCAACUUAAAGGUGUCCUUGUUCGAGCAUCACUAAAAAAGAGUACAAUGGGAUUUGGUUUUACCAUUAUUGGCGGAGAUAGACCUGAUGAAUUUCUUCAAGUGAAAAAUGUGCUAAAAGAUGGACCCGCAGCUCAGGAUGGGAAAAUUGCACCAGGUGAUGUUAUUGUAGACAUCAAUGGCAACUGUGUCCUUGGUCACACCCAUGCAGAUGUUGUCCAGAUGUUUCAGUUGGUACCUGUCAGCCAGUAUGUCAACCUUACUUUAUGCCGUGGUUAUCCACUUCCUGAUGACAGUGAAGAUCCUGUCGUGGACAUUGUUGCUGCUACUCCUGUCAUCAAUGGACAAUCAUUAACAAAGGGAGAGACGUGCAUGAACACUCAGGAUUUUAAACCAGGAGCAAUGGCUUUGGAUCAAAAUGGAAAACCAGGCCAGAUCUUGGCUAGUGAGCGUCUCAAUGGGCCAUCAGAUUCCAGUGAACAGAGAGCAUCCCUGGCGUCAUCGGGCGGCUCCCAGCCUGAACUAGUGACUGUCCCUCUGAUUAAGGGCCCCAAAGGCUUUGGGUUUGCGAUUGCUGACAGCCCAACUGGACAGAAGGUGAAAAUGAUUCUGGACAGCCAGUGGUGUCAAGGCCUUCAAAAAGGGGAUGUCAUCAAAGAAAUUUACCACCAAAACGUGCAGAAUUUAACACAUCUCCAAGUGGUAGAAGUACUGAAGCAGUUCCCAGUCGGUGCAGAUGUCCCCUUGCUCAUCUUACGAGGAGGUCCUCGUUCACCAACUAAAACUGCCAAAAUGAAAACUGAUACAAAGGAAAAUUCAGGAAGUUUGGAGGCCAUAAAUGAGCCUGUUCCCCAGCCUAUGCCUUUUCCGCCCAGCAUUAUCAGGUCAGGAUCCCCGAAAUUGGAUCCUUCUGAGGUCUACCUGAAGUCUAAGACUUUAUAUGAAGAUAAACCACCAAACACCAAAGAUCUGGAUGUUUUUCUUCGGAAACAAGAAUCAGGGUUUGGCUUCAGGGUGCUGGGAGGAGAUGGACCUGACCAGUCUAUAUACAUUGGGGCCAUUAUUCCCCUGGGAGCAGCUGAAAAGGAUGGUCGGCUUCGAGCUGCUGAUGAAUUGAUGUGCAUUGAUGGGAUUCCUGUUAAAGGAAAAUCACACAAGCAAGUCUUGGACUUAAUGACCACCGCAGCUCGCAAUGGCCAUGUGUUACUAACUGUCAGAAGAAAGAUCUUCUAUGGAGAGAAACAGCCUGAAGAUGACAGCCCUCAAGCCUUCAUACAGAACGGAUCCCCCCGUCUGAACCGGGCAGAGCUCCCAGCCAGGCCUGCCCAGGAGGCCUAUGAUGUUGUCUUACAGAGAAAGGAGAAUGAAGGCUUUGGUUUUGUCAUCCUCACCUCUAAAAGCAAGCCACCUCCGGGAGUUAUUCCUCAUAAAAUUGGCCGAGUCAUAGAGGGAAGUCCAGCUGAUCGUUGUGGAAAACUGAAGGUCGGAGAUCACAUCUCUGCAGUGAAUGGACAGUCCAUUGUUGACCUAUCUCAUGAUAAUAUUGUCCAGCUGAUCAAAGAUGCUGGAGUCACCGUCACACUGACCGUCGUUGCUGAAGAAGAGCAUCACGGUCCACCAUCAGGAACCAACUCAGCCCGGCAAAGCCCAGCGCUGCAGCACAGGCCCACGGGACAGGCACAGGCCAACCACAUACCUGGGGACAGAAUUGCCCUAGAAGGUGAAAUUGGGAAAGAUGUCUGCAGUUCCUACAGACAUUCAUGGUCUGACCAUAAGCACCUUGCACAGCCUGACACCGCAGUGAUUUCAGUUGUGGGGAGUCGGCAUAAUCAGAGCCUCGGGUGUUACCCAGUGGAGCUGGAGAGGGGCCCUCGAGGCUUUGGGUUUAGCCUCCGAGGAGGGAAGGAAUACAAUAUGGGGCUCUUCAUCCUUCGCCUCGCUGAGGAUGGCCCUGCCAUCAAAGACGGAAGAAUCCACGUUGGUGACCAGAUUGUUGAAAUCAACGGGGAACCUACACAAGGCAUCACACAUACUCGAGCAAUCGAACUCAUUCAGGCUGGUGGAAAUAAAGUCCUGCUCCUUCUGAGGCCAGGAACUGGCUUGAUACCUGACCAUGGUUUGGCUCCUUCCGGUCUGUGCUCCUACGUGAAACCUGAGCAACAUUAAGGCUUUCAGGGCUUUUCUUGGUCUUUCCUUAAAAAGACUUGGUGAUUGGGAUAUUAAUAGUCCUUCAUCUUCCAAUGUCAUUUAUGAUGAACAGCCACCACCUCUCCCAUCUCCACAUUCUGCUUCCAUAUUUGAAGAGUCUCAUGUGCCAGGAACCGAAGACUCUCUGAUUAGAGUUCAGAUAUGUGAAAAGGCAGAAGAACUAAAGAACACUGUACCAGAAAAGAAAAGCACUUUAAACGGAAGCCAGCCUGAAACGAAGCAUCAGACUGUUCUCCAGAAAAACGUGAGUAAGAAGGAUCCACCCAGGAGUCAUGGGCAUGGUGAGAAGAAUCUACUAAAAGGAGAAAAUAGUGUCACACGAAGAGGUAGAUCUGCUAGUCCCAAAAAGUCAGCUAAUCGACAUUCAGAGGAACAUCUGGAAAAGAUUCCCAGACCCCUAAAAAGUGACCCUAGAGGAAAAUCUCGAGAUCGGUCACUCAGUCCUAGGAAAGGAGAGACUAAAGGCCAGAUCACCACUAAGGCAGGCUCUGGACAAGAUCCCUGCAGAAAAAGCAGAGGACGCUCUUCUAGUCCCAAGAAACAGCCAAAGCUUGGAGGCAGUGGCCCAUCAAACACUGAAAGCAAGUUACCAGAGGCUGGGAGCCAGAGAGCGGCAGGCCAUACCCUUGUCAAUGCUGAACAGCUCCCAGAUGGGAAAGAAAGGUCGGGGGUCAUCAGGAAAGAUCUAAAGCAGACUCAACUGGGAAAAAACAGAACAAGGUCUCCAGAGAAAAAGAGCAAUAAAAUUGAUGAAACAGCUCUUCCUUCCAAGAAGACUAACAACACUGCUAGUAGGGUGGUGUCGGAGAAGGAAAAAGGGAAGAAGCCAACCACAGGAGAAAACGUCCAGAUCUCAGCAAAGAAGCUCACACAGGAACCUGAGGGGAAGGCGGCAUUAAGUAAAGUGGAAGAACGCAAAGGGAAAGAACCGGAGGCCGCUGACCAGUGCCAGGAGCAUGCAGGGGGCACCCCUGACAACAGCUCUCCCGUCAAGAGAGCACCCAUCACUCCAGGGCCCUGGAGAGUGCCCCGUGCAAGUAAAAUCACAGGCACUGCUGGCAUGGCUGACAAACAGCCGUGACCUCGUGUGUAAGACAAAGAAAAUGAAGUUGUAGUCUUUUACUAAAACACAGCAUUCUUUUAAGGGGGAGGGGUGUGUUUUUCCCCAGAAAGUCUUCAAUACCUAAUUGGAGCAUCAAGUUAUCCAGGCUGCAUGAAGGGCUUCUGGGAUUGCUAAGACCCACCUGGCCCUGGCCGGCUGCCCUUCCUCGUGUUCAGGAAGGAGCUGCAUCCACGGGCUCAUUUGCCAUGCCCUGCUCAGGCUGCCCGCUCAGCAAUGACAUGAUCUUAGCAGUGUGGUCACAACUCACUUUGUAUUCGUGCCAAGUUAUCUACUGUAUCAUGUCUGUUUUAUCCUUCCCAUUCUGAUAUUGCCAGUCAUGAAACAGUUCCGUUUGGCUUGAAGAUGUUUUCAAUAGCAUGUUGCAUGUUUACAGAGAGAAAUAUUUGAGUCCCUGAAGAGGAAAAAAAUCAUUAGCUCAUCAUUUAAAGUUGGCACCUGCCUUUUCUCAUACCUCCUGACUGUCCUAGCUUAAAAAUUCAACUCAGAAACGUCACUACGUUACAGGAAAGGUCAAAUACUAAAGAUGCUUUUUUAUGGCUAAGUAAGGUGUUUCAAGUAACUGUUAAAGUUAUUCCUUACAAUUGAAUGCUCAGAAUGAGAAAGUACUAAGCAACAGAAUGAACAACCUCCUGCUGUGUUAGCCAACCCUAAUGUAGUCACAGUGUCUCAGAUCACCUGCUAUAGUGAGAGACGUACAGAAGCAUGUGGAAGUACCAUUUGUUUCUCUUUAAAGAAAAACUACUAUAUCUGGGUAUUUUGAUUAUUCAUCAUUAGUCCUUAAUAUAUUAUUGAAAAGCCAAAAUAUUACAUAAGUUUUUGUGAGGGACUUAAUCAUGAAGCCAGUUCUAUAGUCCACUGCCAGACAAAGCACCAGCUCCUGUGGCAUAGAGAAGUUCAUCUGGGGGCAGAAUUUAGAACUAGAGCCUGCACUGGGCUUCCCCCAGCAAGUCAGGACUAAUAUGGUAUAGACUGUGUGUGGUGGAACUUUAAUUUUUAGCUAAUUAACUAUUUAAAAACAGGAAAAGCUUUCAGAGUUCUUUUCUAAACUCUAAGAAAAAAACUGAAAGUUGGAGACAAUUUUUAACUUCAUACAAUAGAUCAGGUAGGUUCCUUGAAACAGCAUUCAGAAGCAUCUAUAAAUACAGACACAUUUCUCAGACCAAAACUGUCUACUUAUGGAGUAUUUGAACACUCAUUCUGUUACCCUGUGAGUCUGACAAACUCCACUGUGACCAACUGUACUGGCCCUGUAGGUAACACAUGCUUCCACCCAGAACUAUAUUUAACCCAUCUAUUAUAACUACUUGAAUAGAAAAAAAUUAGGAGGCUUGAUAAAUGGUAAGAAUUUAAUUUAGUACCACAGAAAUGAUUUAUUUUCCCUAUAGUCCACAAUUAGUGACACAAAUCCUAUUUUUAUUGUUAACUGUGACAUAACUUUGAUGUCGUAUGUUGUCAGUCUGAUAUGGCUCUUCCUUAAGUAACUUGUCACUGUACUGAUUAUAUACUGACUUAGCCACGUGGCCUUGGAAUGCUGAGCAAAAUAUGGGUGUCCUGGUUGUAAAUGUUUAUAUAUGUACAGUACCUUUAUAUAUACACUUGAGGUUCUGAUUAGAGAAAGAUCUGUAAAUCGCUCGUUAUUUUUUAUAUAGAUAUUAAAAAAGAAAAAAAAGUUU